AUGACUGGUCACGACGGCUCGAAGGUCGUCCGCGUGUGCCUGACGCGCUGUCCGCUGCCGUCAGCAGACGGACGUGUGCACUCGUUGCCGUGUCGUAUUCAUCAUGACGGUGCAGCAGCUGUCGCGACGUUUUUUUGCCCAAGGAACCAAAGGGACGACCGUAGCGAUGGUACAGACGAAGACUGUCUGGAAGUAGAGAUGCGGGAGGAGAAUCAAGUGGAUGGAGAAGCGGAUAGCAACGGUCAAGUUGCUGUUGGUGGGACUCCGUUGAUGACGGCCGAGUUUCGCGGUGUCCAAUUGCAGGGUCAGAAGCUUUUGUUAGCACCCUUGGGCUUGACAGGCCUUGUGCUGGGUGACAGUGGUAUGCGACAUGAAGAUGACGAAGGCCGGAUCUGGGAAGUAGAAGAUCAUUUCGACGAGCUCACGUGGUGGGACGUACCGCACAACACGACUCGAGAGACGCAUCAACUUCCGUUGGUGCUGCAUCAGUGGCACGAUCUCUCGGCUGCGAUCCAUGGCGCAUAG